AAAAAUGUCAUUUUUUAUGACAAUUUUAGUAUUAUAUACUAAAACUGAAGAAUUAUCUUAAUUUAUAUUGAGGGAGGUUAGAAAAAAAUUUUGAUAAUUUAGUAUUCAUAUAAAAUAUGUCUAAAUCAGAAAUAAUAAAUAAAAUAGUACAAGAUGAAAUGAAUAAUUCUUUAGAUUUUGAAGCGACGAUUCCAUGGACAAAAGAAUUAACAGAGGAGAAUUUACCUGAUCAUAUUAUCUUUCCAAAAGAAUUAAAUCUAUUUUUGAGGAAUCGAAUUCAGGAUUUAAUUACUGAAAAUGGUUGUUUGCGACGAGCACUUGAAGAAAUGGAAGAAAAAGUACGAAAAAAAGGAAUCGUAGAAAAUGGACAAUCAAUAAUUUUAGGAAAACCAAAUGAAAUAGCAACUGCGAAGAUUAUUGAGCUUAGCAAAAAAUGUAGAGAGCAGACCGCAGAAAUUGAAGUUCUUAAAUCUAAAUGUAAAAAUCUUGAAAUUCAUUUAAUUAAUAAAGAAACAGAAUUAGAAAAUGAGCGACACGAAAGAAGACAUUUCAAAACUGAUGACUCCUCUCAGCAGAGUGACGAGAUACAGGAUGGUAUCCUUGACAAAGGUACCAAAAAUAAUUUGCCGAGGGAAGAUGAGGAUCGAAUGAAACAUUUACUCGAAAAAUUACAACUAACUCAAACAAAACUAUAUGAAUCUAAAAAUAACUGCAUCAGUCUUAAACAAGAGAUUAAUAAAUUGAAUAAGUUAUUAUAUAGCGAAGUUGGUGAAAAUGUGAAUUUGAAUAAUUUAUCGAAUCAAUCCGGAUGGCGUGGAAGAGCUGAACAGAUUCAUCUGUUACAUCAAAAAAUAACUGAACUGCAAUCAAAAUUAUCAGAAUAUGAAGGAACGCAAAAAACAUCUAUUGUAUCCAUAGAACGAAAAAAUUUUGAGAAUCUUCGAAAUGUUGAAAAAGAAAGACGGCGUCAAAUUGAAGAUUCAGUAAAGCAACUUCGACAAACAGAAGUUAUUGUUGAAGAAUAUAGAAGAAAAUUAGAAGCUUCAAAAGCAAGAAUAAAAGUAUUAGAGCAUGAAUUGAAUGUUACAAAAGGAAACAUUGCUAUAUUAAAUGAAAAAAGAUCUAACGAUAUUCAUUUAAUCGAGACACUCAAUAAUCGGCUUAAAACUACCGAAAUAAAACAUGAAGAACGCGAGACAGAUACAAGAAACAGAUCAGAGAAGAUUGAACGUGAGUACACGAAUUUGAAAAAUGAUUUACAGUCAGCACAACUUCAAAUUGAUCGGUUGCGUAAAAAAUUAGAAGAACGAGAAAUCGAAAUAGAUAAAUUGAGGAAUGGAACGGUCCCCAAUAUAUGGGAAAUUAAAUCUCGAAAAAUUACACAACCGGAAAUAUUUUUAAAUAAUUUUAACAAUAAUACUUCUCCUCAUACCGUUCGAAGUACAUGCGAACCUAACGAGUAUGUAACUUUAGCUCUUGCCGCUGAGGCUGAAAGAGAAAGAUUGCUGGAAUUAAUAACAAUACUUAAUAGACGACUAGAUAAAGAAAGAAAUGACGCUGAUAUUCUUUCUAAUAUCUUACGUAAUGAAAAACACAAAUCGGCAAAAUUAGAGUUAAAAAUUCGAAAAUUGGAGACAGAGAAAAUAGGAAUUGUUAAGAUUGAUACUGGAUAUAGAACAAAAUUACCAAAAUUAUCAAAAACUAGUGAUAAAUUAAUGGAUAUAGAACAAAUGCGGCUUAAAAUGGAAUUAUUGCAAGAAGAAUGUCUCGCAUUGAAAGCUAGAUUAGAUGCUGUACAAAAAGAUAAAGUUGCCGAUCUUGCGACUUAUAAACAAAUGUUUGAGGAAGUCAGAAAAAUUUUUUAUGAAGCCUACAGGAACAAAUUAUCAGUUCCCAUUGGCAGUCGUUCAACCAUUACAGUUUAAUUAAAAUCAAAAACUUUUUUGAACGAUGUGUUUAUUCUAAAAUAAAAUACAUUCUAUACUUUAAUUAAACGAUGAAAAAUUUAUCAUGGUGAAAUAAAACAUGAUAUUAUUAGUAAAUCAUGAAUUGAUCAGCGAUGGCUAUUGUUAGUUUCUUCCGAUCGGAAUUGUGUAAGAACUACAAAAUCGUGUACGAUGAUGUAACUAGGACACGAGAUAAGAUGCAACGCACCACGUAAACGCGCGUGACAUCGUCAAAGCAACGGUUCCGUUUCUCUCUUUUAUUAUUUUUUUCUUUUCCUUUUUAUAGAACCUGUGUUUACUCUGAACUAUAGCAUUAACUAUUGCUAUUGAUAUCGUUCGUCAGUUUUAAAUCCAUGGAUUUAUAAUUUUUUUUUUCAAAAAUUUUGAAAAGUGAAUUGAUAGUCAAGUAUAGUUUUUUUUUUAUUUUUUUUUUUCUUUUUUCUUUUCUAUAAAAAAAAAGAACUUUAGAAUUGAAUACUACUUCAUCAAUUAUAUUUCAUGCGAAACUUAUAUUCUUAAAUGCGACUUAAAACUAGAGCUUUAAAACCUUGAUGAACUAGAUUUUCUGAUGAAGUUCGUAUUAUUCUAUAUUAUUCUCAAGUAAUUGCUUAAGUAAAUGUGUUAAUUGUAUUGUAUAGUCUUGAGUAUAGAAAUAUCUUUCAUAAGAAAAUUCAGCUCAGGGCGUUCCAAUCGGUGGUAAGCUCAAGCAUACAGGUGCGAGCUUACAGGUGUUGGCGCUUCUACCUGAUAAGAAGCAUAUCCGUGACGUCAGAUCAGCACAGGUAGAGUAUAUGAGUCGAACCGGAGAGACAUCCACGUCACUCGUUCUUGAACCUCUUCGUUCGUUUGUUCUGCAAAGAGUUGUUCGUCAGUUAUUAACUUUCUCGUUAGUUCGUUGCGCGCCCCUUUCACUAUCUUUGACUUCACUAUCCCUGAUUAUUUUUUUCAUACAAUAACGUGAAUCGAGAAGAAGCUUUAAGCGGAAUGUAUGUUCAUCCGGAAGUCUAGCGUGAUCAGUUAUGAUUUUGGAACCAGAGGUACCUAUUAGGCGUUCAUAUCCAUUGCCGCUGAAGUUCCUGCGACCUCAAGUAUUUACAGCUGGAAUUCUUCGUGCCGAGCUCUUUUCAUGUGUAAAUUCCAGAGAUAUUGCUAGUAGAGAAUACACGACGUUGGUUUCACGCUUGAAAUAAUGAUUAUGUAACAUAUGGGCAUUGGUAAUGAAACAUUUUACAACGACCCCGAUAACGUUGUUGAAUUUUUCAGGCUACAUUUGAACAUACGCAUCAGAAUGAAGAAGAAAAGGAAGUGUUAACAACUUAUGGCACGAGCUAACGCACAGAGGUUAUGUUUACCGCGCAAUCAGGUGGCAACGCUAAAGAGGAAGAAGUUGCUCGCACCUCCCUGAUAACAAGCAAAGCUACUAUACUCAUAUUAUAUUCCAUCACGGCGAUACUUUCUAUCUUUUAGCAUUUUCUUUUGCAUAUCCGGAUCUCUUCUGUUAACAUUUAAUAAAAUAUAAGUAGCUAUAUAAA